UUCACAAAGACUAAAUGGUGAGACCCAGUCCCUGCAAGAGAAGGCUGGAAAUUACACUUCCAACCACUUAUUACUUCUCACUUCCUAUGCAGCUCCUGAGUUUCCUGCACUGGCGGCAAGUUUCGAUAGUCACUGAACUACCGCAGUGGGAAGGGGAAGGCAAAACCACAGGCUGUCUGCAAGUCUGGGAGAGCAAGGGGUUGACUGGAAGGAAAAGGAUGGGCGAGUAACACUGGGCAGCAUUCACAGCGGUUAGCAGAGAGGGACAAGUGGCUCGGCACAAGGCUUCUGUCAGAGUAAGUGAAGCAGAGACAAUCCUUUGGAGAGCAACAACUCGCUUGCUCCUGGUGGGUUAAAGUUUUAAGGACCCAGCUCGUUCCUUGUGAGCCUGCCCUGGAUUGAAGGAAAAAGAAAACACAGGCAGUUAGGGACCUGGAACGCAUCUGGGAUAGUGCCAAGGAUGCUGUGUUUCCUGACAGCAUGAAGGGACAAAGGUCUGGGAAAUGUCUAGCCCUUUGCAUGCUGGCUUGGAGUUGCCUCCACUUUGCCUGGAGUGAUGCCAUCAGUUCCGGGGCCACCUUCACUGGAGCUGGAAGUAUCGGAAGGGGCUUCCCGAGCGACGUCACCAAUAGAACCGAUGUCCGUAGCAACCUUUCAGUUCAGUGUGUGACGCUCCUCCCUCCACCUUACGGAUCCUAUUACAUCGAGAAGGGCACCGGCCUCUCCCUGGGCUCAGUCAUUGUGUACUGGUGCAGAGAGGGGUAUCAACUGGUGGGCAGCGAGAAGCUGGCCUGUCUCCUCCGAGACAGCACCUCUUACUGGAGUCAGCCAGCACCUCACUGCGAGGCCAUCCCAAAGCCCCUUGACAAAGGGUUCCGGGUAGCAGUCAUAGCCUCUCUCAUCAGCGGCGUGAUCAUUCUGACCAUGUCUGUCUCCUUCGCUGCGUGCUGCUUGCGAGACAGGCUACUGAGAAACAGCGCACAGCAGCUGAACACCAGGGAGGAGCAACAGCAGGGCAGGACGUGCCGGGGUUCAAGGCAAGCUGAUUCCACUAACAAGGAAAUGGAGAAGCAACAAGGAGCUUUUGGGAAACUGAAGCACCAUCACAGGCUUGAUUACCGCAUCUCCGCCCUCCGUAGUUCUGUAUACCCUGGGGCACUUGCAGGGUGCAGUAACCAGGGAUUCCAAAGGAGUCAGGAGAAUUCACACCAGACGUCCAUGCAAAGCUUAUGCUCUGAAAUCCACGUCUUCCCACAAGUGGUUCUGCGGCCGGGUGCAACACCAUCUGCCUCCUCUAUGUACAUUCAUUUCCCCCAGAAGCCAGGAGAUAUCUCCCUGGCUAUAAUGCCUUGUCAUGCCAACUCCCCCAGAGACAUACCCACAGCCUACUACAGAGGAUAUGAAGAACAUAAGCCCUUAAGCCUGUAUUGAUAGUGAUCAGCUUACAAUUUUAAGCCAUUACCCAAUUCCUUAUUAACACCAAUUCCUUGGAAGUCUCCCAAGCUCAGCAAGGAGAGGCAUAUGAUAGAAUCAGUGCGACUGGAUUUUCAAGCGGUUAUUGCAAACAGGUGAAAAAGAGUGACAUUUCAUGUUGAAAGUAUAUUUGACCCCACUCUUGUUUUCUUCUGCACCCAGGCUGUUUACAUGCUUGUUUAAAAUGUAAGGUCAUGUGCUAUAAGGAUCCUGAUUGUUUUAAUGAGAAAGUGAACAGCUGAAGUCAACUGCUCCAGAUUACAAUACAGCCCGAGCACAUAUAGGCAUUUCAUUACACAACAUUCUGACCAUCUAUUCUGUGGAUAAGUUUACAUGGCCAUCUGUGAUGGUUCUCAGGGUAUCCAGGGCAGUGAGCCAUCUUGUCACAUAUAUAACUCCUUGGAUAGUGUCUGUAUGUACAUUUCAUGAUAUUAACAACCACCCUGAUCCCGGCUUUCAUUUAAGACCUCCCAUGAUAUUCUUUAGUGAAACAGAAUGCACAUACCAGGAUGAGGAUAUUUUGCAAUGCCCUGGACAGUUGGUACUGAAGGAUUCCUGGGUCACAUCAUCAAUCUCCAAAAGAAAAGUGUCCAGAGAGGAGGGUUUUUGGAGGUGGAGAUGUAACUGGAACUUCUUUGAUCCUAGUUUAGGAGUAUAGUUUGGGACUAAGUGAAACAAAAGGGGGUUUUAUUUUAAUAUUGAUUCUUUACAGCUUAUCACUUCUACUUAGAGAAUCAAGGACCAACAACAUAAGAACGGCCAUACUGAGUCAGACCAAAGGUCCAUCCAACCCAGUAUCCUGUCCUCUGACAGUGGCCAAUGGCAGGUGCCCCAAAGGGAAUGAACAGACAGGUUAUCAUCAAGUGAUCCAUACCCUGUCACCCAAUCCCAGCUUCUGACACCAUUCCUGCCCAUCCUGACUAAUAGCCAUUGAUGGACCUAUCUUCCAUGAAUCUAUCUAGUUCCCUUUUGAACCCUGGUAUAGUAUUGGCCUUCACAAGGAGUUCCAGAGGUUGACAUACAGUAACAAAUGCUUAAAGGUGACGGCAAAGGGGAAAAUGGGUGUGCACCCUUUUUGGUUUUUCAUGAAGGAUGAAGUGACCUGAAAGGUUUUUAAUUCAGUCUCCCACUAUUUUUCUUCCUACAUUAGAAAUUCACUUCAUGUCUACUCUACCAAACACAAUGGGGACUGCUGAAGAACGAGCAACAUGAACAUUUUGAUUAAAGAAACCUUUACAGUUACAUAGGCGUUAACCAAAACAAAGUUACAAACAAACAGUCUGGCUAAAGAUUCCUUCCCCUCUUAACGGCUCAACUGGCAUUCGGAUUUUGUGACUGUAGAGUCAACAUCUCAUUUCUUCAAUUAAGGCGAGAGCCGACAGUACAUAUAUAGUGGCUCCUCCAGCAAAGCCAGACAAGACUAGAGCUGAUAUAGAAAUAUUAGCUAUGUUUAAAAAACGCAGGGGGAAAAGAAAAGGAAGCUUAGGAAAGCCCACCUUUCAGGCCUUUCUUUCACACAACAAAGGAGCAGAAAAAGGGCCAGAGCACAAUUUAAAAAAAUCCUUUGCAGGUCACCAUUUUGUUAAAAAAAAAUAUGUAGACCCCUCGAAUGAAAUUGUAUCCACUGCUGUGCUGUAGGAGAAAAUAUAAGUCUUCCAUCCUUACAAAAAGCAUUACUGUUUGCUGGGAAAAUGACUAGACAAGCUGAACUGGCACAUGCUGCUCUCUCAACGCAGAACUCCCCCGUGACCGAGAAACAAUCACUGGGACUGCUUGUGUUAUCAGUAAUAAAAGCCAUUGCCCAAGAGAAGAAUCAAACUUCAAGAAAGGCACUCUACUCUCCAAUAGCAUGCCCGAAGCUUGUGAAAUGGCUUCAUUCUUAGCAGAGGACAGGGCAGCAUUCCCUAAUCACAGCUGCCAGUAUGAAAGGAUUCCUAGAAGGUGUAAAUCUAGUGAGAGACAAUGGCAUUUUGAGCCAAAGGUAUUAGAGGAUGUUUGUGCCUAGAUCCCACAGAGACCAUGUUAAAUAAAAGCACAACACACAGAUUUGAUGGGAAUCAACAACUUCUGCUGUGAAAACUACACCAUUCAAUUCCUCAGUAACUUAGAUGAGAUUUAAGCCAGUCAAAAACACAAAAGGAGGGGGGAAUUUUCACAUGGAUUUCAUAUUUUUAUGGCCUUUUGGGGAGGGUCAAAGUUAAAAAAAUGCAACAUUUUUCUACCUGUUUUAAGAGAAUACACUCCCCCAUCCCAACCCGUACACACAAUUGGGUUUUUUAAUUCAAGAGAGCCUUUGGGACAUGCUCUGGAGCUAGCAGUGUCUCCAGUUCAAAGAGCUGGAGAGAAAUGGAAUUUCCACCCUGAAUGAAAUUCAGAGAUCGAUGUUUGUUUACACCCAGAAUUGGGACAAGCAGUAAAAAAAUUUCCAAACAAGUAGUAAAAAUGUUCAGAUUAGAAACUUACAAAUGAAACUUGCUGGAAUUUCCCAAACAAAACGUUGACAUUUUGAAAUGAACACUUGCAUUUCUAAGCAUCAGUUUGAAACCACGUUUUGUUUUCAAACUGCCUUUUCAAAAACAAAACAUUUGAUUUUCCUGACAGAAAAUGGAAGAAUUUCACUGGAAUUGACAUUUUCCUGCAGGAUUCUGGUUUCGGUGAAGCCACAUUUUUGGACAGAAAGAUGUUGGUCAAGAAUUUUUUUGACCAACUCUAGUUCUAAAAGCAGCACAACUCAGUGAAGGGGAACAAGUAUAUGAACUGCUUUGAGUCCUAGCACAUUGUCCACAAAACCUGUAGAGAGAAGCAAAACACCUGCUUCAGGUGAGAGGAGACAAGUAUGAGAAAGCAUUUUGCCGCUUGGGGGUUAUUUACCAAAAAAGAGAAUGGAGGAAGACAUGUUGGAGUUCAGGAAUGUGGGAUUAAUCUUUAUUAAAUUCUAGGAGUAAACCUAGUAAACCAUGCAGGAUAUCUUCCACCACCAUCUCAUCAUACAGUGGGGUUAAAUAGUGAUUUGGGUUUAAGUUACACAAUUUACAAUUUUCCACCUGCCUGUGGUUUCUGCCAGGAAUGUUUCAGUCCUAGUUUGUACCAUGAUGAGAAGCACCUUUAGAAUAGCAGCCCAACAUGAAAGAACUCCAAUUACUUAAUGGAGACUUUGAAACAAUGACCGGUAUUUCUGAACGGCUGUGCAGUUUUAAUGUGCUCUUCACUAAUAUUUUUAUGGUUCUUUGGCAAAUGUUAUAUGAAGAUCAGUCGCUCCUCAGAGAGGCAAUAUAUUUCCCUAGCAAUGAUU